UCCACAGUGACCACCCACCUCUGCUGCGUCACCACCACCACCACCAACCAUUACCUCCCGGAACCACCAUUUGACCUCCCACAACCACAAUAGCUCACACCGACGACACCAGCCCUGACAAAACGAUGUGGUGACGCCAUGUCACCAGCCUCAACCAUGAGCACCAGUCAGCCCAAUGCCGCCACGCCACGCUAGCAGCGAUAGCAACCAGGCAAGCACCAGCCGACUCAAUGCCACACCACGGUGACCACGUGGCUUGUCAACGAGAACGAAGUCAUACAGAAGCCAUCGCAUCCGCCAUUUUGUUCUUUUUAGCCCACUGCUAUGUGCACCCAAGAACUUUCCAAGCCAAACCUUCCCAAUGUGCCACAAAGUCCACAGCAGCAAUGACAACAACAACAAAUGAUUGUGGAGGAACGAGUGCUGCCAAAAGUCACUGGUGCCCACACCACACACCAACCAUUGCCAUGUCACUCUGCUGUGCAUGCCGUUUCAAUGGCAUAUGUACCAGUAUGCACUUGCAGGGGCAGGAAGGGAGUUUGAGAAGGGGGUAUACAGAGCUUGUGGAAGGGACCCAAUGGGGGAGGGAUGUGUCCCUCCUGGCGUCGCUGGUGUGGAUGGCAAAGGAUUCUUUAAUAGUGUACUGUUGUAUUCUCGCUGUAUUGUGCUAGUACCAUACAAUGAUCAGUUAUACCUAAUUUUUUGCU